AGAGAAUCCGGAAACGGGCAGACUUUACAGCCAACAGAGUAUAAAUAUACGCACAGAUGAGCGAAGUUUCUAGAGAGAGAAAGCGCGUCCCUUUAGAGAGACUGCGAGAGGGAGGGGAGGGGUUGGAUUUCCACAGAUGCUCUUGGCACAAUAUUCUGAUAAGCAUCCAACCUACAGUUCAAAUGCCAUCAUUAAAAAUGAAAACAACCAGAGGCUGUUUGAAGGAAAAGGCAAGUCUUCAUGUGUGUCGAAAGUCCAGUGUGAUCUCCAAGAGCCCUCUUUCUCGUGCCAGAAUUCCUCAAGAUGCAGAAGCUCUUAUAUGCACUCAAAGCAACCAGGAUGUUCAUGAUGCAAUACAUGCACAUGAUCUUGGAAGGGAUGAGGCCAUCCAAGAUCUUGGAGGGAAUGAGGCCAACCAAGAAGCUAGAAAGGAUGAUUUCAACCACGAUAAGUUGUCUAUUGGAGACGAAGUUCUCCAGAAACAGUUGUCAGCUUUCACAGAUUCAGCUACUGGAAAUACAGAACCUACAUCAUCCAAAUGCACCUCAAACAUGGAAACCAUUUUUUCUCCUAUCCUGGAGUCAAUUGAUUUAUACAAUAAUGGAGGAAGUGAUGAUCUAUAUGUACCACAGUUGGAUAGUGAAGACAGUGAUGAUUGCAGCAGAAGUUCAUGUGAACACCAAGCAUGCAAUAUAUCAGAUAUCUACCUCUCUGACAUGAUUUUUUCAGGAGCACCCAGUGGAAACGAUUCCCAAUUUGAUAACAGAGCAGAUACAGAUUUCUUACCUGAUUAUAAGUUUGAUGAGUCUAGUUUACUUUGUGAUCUGACAGAGGAAUACAUGGCAUUGCCUUUCCUUGGGGAAAAUUUAGAUACUGGGCACGACUUUGAUGGCAAACCGCCCCAACAAAACAUCGAUUCUGAUAACUCCAGCUUGUACAUGGCAAUCCAUCAAUUGAAACCUUGCAGCCAGGAUGCUCAACUAAAUACUUACAGUGACCAAGAUUAUGAUUGCUUUGACCCACAAAUGUAUAUAAGAAGUCUUCCGGACCAGCCGGAUGUGGCAUUUACCUUGUUUCCAACCAGAGUGUCAAAUGAGAAGCAAAGUAAACAGAUUACUUUAGUACUUGACUUGGAUGAAACACUAGUCCACUCUACAUUGGAGCACUGUGAUGAUGCGGACUUCACAUUUUCUGUGUUCUUCAACAUGAAAGAACAUACCGUGUAUGUUAGAGAGAGGCCCCAUCUCCACACAUUUCUUAGAAGAGUGGCUGAUAUGUUUGAAAUCAUAGUGUUCACUGCUAGUCAAAGCAUUUAUGCAAGCCAACUGUUAGAUAUCCUUGAUCCUGAAGGCACGCUUAUAUCAAAACGAGCUUAUCGGGAAUCAUGCAUCUUUUCAGAGGGAAGUUACACAAAAGACUUGACGGUAUUGGGUGUCGAUCUUGCUAAAGUUGCAAUUAUUGAUAAUUCCCCUCAGGUCUUCAGGUUGCAAGUGAAUAAUGGUAUUCCUAUUAAGAGUUGGUUUGACGACCCAUCAGAUUGCGCGUUGAUUUCAAUGCUACCAUUUUUGGAGUCGUUGGUUGAUGCAGAUGACGUACGACCCAUCAUUGCUAGGAAAUUCGUUAACAAGGAAUAAUAGCUCCUUGUAUGUCCUUAUUAGCGCAUUUAUCAUUCCAUAGCCCCCUCAUUCCUCUUUUUUCUUUCCUCAGUGAAAGUUUCUUUGUUUUCUGAUGCUCCUGAUUCCUUCCAUGAGCCUUGCUAUAUACCCAUCGCAUUUUAUAUAAUUCUCCAUGUUGAGUGAGGUUAUCAUGAUUUCUUUCGUUAUCCUUAUACUUGAUUAGCUAAUUCGUGGCAGAGGUCAGUUUAAGCGAGUUUUUUUAGUUGCUUUGUACAUCUUAAGGUGCGUACAUGGGUGUAUAUGAAUUGUUUCUGAAAUAAACUCGUUGUUCUGAUUGAACUUUUUCUUGAUCGACAGUUCCAUAAGCUGAUAUUACUUGCCCCAAGUAUGUCAAGUACACUUGAUGAUGAAGAAUGGGUUUGUGUCUUAUGUUCCUAUUAAUGAAUGAACUAAAAUUACCAUUAUAAGUUUAUAAUCCUAAAUACUACUAUUACGAAGUGCAGUUCCUUUUUGGUGUGAUAUGUGUGCCAUUUUGAACAGUCUAAUCAAACGUGUGAGCUUUUGCUUGUAGGGACCUCCCUUUUGGUAGUGCUCUGAAAGUCCCUUGGGAUGGUAAACUAAAGAUUUGUGCUAUUAUUUUACAAACGUGUGAGCUGUAUCAGUUUUUUUAGGUGUUACUGAAUAAGUAUACAGUGGCAUGCCUUGUUUCAUCGUAUGAAUGACUUUUCUCUUUCCUCCUUCCCCCCUCUUUAUUGCCAAGUAUAUACUGCUGGUUUUUAAUGCAUAAUUAGAGCUGAAUCAGUUUUCCAUAGGUGUUACGGACUAAGUAUACAGUGGCAUGCUUUGUUUCAUCGUAUGAAUGACUUUUCUCUUUCCGCCUUUCCUCCUCUUUCUUGCCAAGUAUAUAUUACCGGUUUUAAAUGCAUAGUUAGAGCUGGAUCAAUUUUUAUAGGUGUUACUGAAUAAGUAUAUAGUGGCAUGCUCUGUUUCAUCGUAUGAUCUUUUCUCCUCCCCCCAUCUUUCUUGACAAGUAUACUGCCGGUUUUAAAUGCACAGUUGAGCUGUAUCAGUUUUUUAUAGGUUUUACUGAAUAAGUAUUUAGUGGCACGGUCUGUUUCAUCGUAUGAAUGACUUUUCUCUCUCCUCCCUUUACCCCUCUUUCUUGCCAAGUAUAUAUAUACUACCGCACUGCUUUACUCCCCUCACUUACAUCCUUGGUGUUUUAUUGGUAAGUGGAGAAUAGAUGGUGAAGAAAUCAUACCAGAUUAUUAAUGUCCCUAAAUGAUCUCCAUAUUUGAUGCUAUAUUUGACUGUACACCACCUCUAUCCAUCUACCAUUGACAGACGACUCAUAUUAUUGUGAAUAGACGGUGAGAAUAAAAUACACGAUGCAUUUGUAUGAUUGAAUUUACAUAGGUGAAUGCUUAGAAUUAAUAUCUCUGUCGGGGUGCUCUUUUAUUGUUUGGAAUGCCUUGCUGCAGGUCCGUUUGCAGAUACUAUAUUCUGUUGGCAGACUGACUAUUGGAAUGAGUUUAGAUGAUUAUUGGUGUUUGUUCUGUUUUUGUUUUGUUAGAAUCUUUACCAUACAUGUCAAUUGUAUAACAAUAAAUGCCAAUCUUUACCUGAUUUUCUUCUACCUAGUCUGCAAUUUAGUUUU